AUGCCCAUGUACAUCAUGAUCCCCAUCGUGGCUGCCCGCUGGACCGGUGGCGCCAGACCUUUGCAGCUGGCCUUCUCCGUGUAUCCGUUGCGCCUGGCCACCGGGCCUUUGACUGCGAUCUUGGCUUUCUACACCCCUGCCUCUGUCUCUCCUAUCCCUUGGAUCUUCUACACUCUCCUGGUCUUUGUCAUUGCCGCCGCCGCCACCACCUCAGAGUUGAUGUUCGUGUCGCAGAUGGCCUUCUUCGCACACGUGAGCGAUCCAGCCUUGGGUGGUACAUAUAUGACCUUGCUGAACACCAUGGGCAACCUCGGUGGCCGCUGGCCGCCCACUGCCGCUUUCUUCUUGGUGGAUGUCUUGAGCUGCGAGAGUGAGAGCUGCUGGAUGAAGAUGGAUGGCUUCUAUACGGUCGACGUGUCGACGAAGCCCAGCGAGUCGGAACCGCAAAACAAGCGCGCAGCGCGCCGCGGCAGCGCGCCGCGGCAGCGCUCUGCGGCGCUUUAUGCGGCGAGGGUGCUUUUUGGCCGAGGUUUAGGUUGGGAGUCUCGGAUCUCUCAGCCCCACGCCUUGGUUCCCUAUGGUUGUCACAUGGGUGUGAAUGGGGAGACUGAGGCCAGACUGCUCGAGGUCAGUGGUGACAGUCCAGCCACAGAUGUGCGCCUCCAGGAGACGGAGAUGAGCUCGGUGGUGCCUACGGUGCCCAAGGUCAAGAAGUCCUGGCCGUCACCAGACACCGAGGACGAGACUGAGGGUGAGGAGUCUCCUGAGGGCGCCGCGAGCAGAGGUGUCACAGCCAGCGGUGCUGACACGACCGUGGUAGACACAGCCGGCAGCAAGACCAGCAGGAGAUGGACGAAGUGGCCGCGUGGAUAUGCGCUGUGCAUCUUCAGUGAGGGCAACUGCAUCAGGAGGGUGUGCAAGGGCAUCCUGUCCUUUGAGGUGCAAAUCCAGGGCGACUCCUUCAAGGUCUUUGAUAACAUGAUCCUCCUGUGUAUUCUGGUCUCCUGUAUUGGCAUGGCCAUCGACUCUCCUUUGGCCGAUCCCAAGGCCCCCAUGACCCAGGUGAUUCGUGGAGCCAACUACUUGUUCACCGCACUCUUUGGUGCAGAGAUGGUCAUCAAACUCAUCGCGCUGGGCCUGAUUUGGAGCGAAGAUGCCUAUUUGAAGAACGGAUGGAACAUCCUGGACGGAGUGGUGGUCAUCACAAGCGUGGUGGACCUCACCGUGGACAGUGGCACAGGCUUCUUGAAGGGCGUGCGAAUCCUGCGCGCCUUCCGCCCCUUGCGGAUCAUCUCCAGGAACCAGAACCUGCGGGUGGUGGCUCAGACCAUUUUUGCAUCCUUGCAGGAUCUCUUCAGUCUGAUGGUCGUGGCCCUGCUCUUCUUGCUGAUUUUUGCGCUCUUUGCUUGUAGCUUCCUCUCUGGAAGGAUGUACCACUGCGAGACAGAGGAAUCCAUCCUCUUGCUCCGAGACGCGGGAGACUUCCGGACGCCGCUCUGCCUGGGCGCGCCCAGCAACCCGCAGAGCGUCGCGUUGAGCUCCUGCCCGAACGGCGCUCGGGACCCGAACAACACCAACGCAUGGGUGGAGAAUGGCUGCAGCAGCUGUGCGUCCGAUCUCCAUGUCUCGUGGUCCAGAGCUGCAGUUGAUACACCGAUCUGCCUGGGACGUUGUGACCCAGAGACCACUCCGGACGAUGUCGUGGAGCGGCGUCCUCCGGAAUGGCUUUGCCCCAGGAUGGACUGA